AGCCUGUCGAAAGGAAGGAGAGGCUCAGAGAGAUGCAGAGAGAAGAAUGGGAGGGAGUGUGUGUGAGAGAGAGAGAGAGAGGAGAGUGAAAGCAACACAGAUUAACUGCGAAAGGAAAGCCAGACUUGUUUUUCUCGUUUCUGCAUAUCUGUAGAAGGUGGGACGUGCUCGUUUAAACAGCUAAGCUCAGUGCACAUACAGCUCAGCACGGGGAUUGGUUUCUGCGCCUUGGAUUUAAACGCUCAAACCACACUAAAAAGAUGUCUGCCCCACCUCCUCCGGUGGUCCCUAGAAAGCCUCCAGGUGUCCGUGUCAUGUUAACUCCAGGAGAGCAGCCGCCUCCCGGUGGCCUGCCCAUCUACACAGGUUCUGGCAAAGGUAUACUCAUCUGGCAGAUAUGUGUGUGUAUAUGUGAGCAUGUACUGUACGUGGUGUUUACAUAUACAUGUUCAAGUUUGCUUUCUGCUCUGUCUUUCCUCUGCUCAGAGAAUGGAGCUGACGGAGACUCAAAUCAUACAUCUCCACUGAACGCAGAGAGAGAAGUGGAGAUUCUGAACCACUGUUUUGACGACGUGGAGCGAUUCAUGGGACGGUUGCAGCAGGCAGCCGAGGCCCUGAGUAUUCUCAACCAAAGGAAGAAGAAGAGAAGCAGGAAGAGCAAAAAGGGAGAGCAAGAUGAUGAUUUGUUGACCUUGAAAGCUUGCCCUCCAUCAGAGGGAGACUUUGUGGACAUCUUUCAGAAAAUCAAGUACUCCCUCAGUCUGCUGGACCGUCUCAAGUCAUCUAUCUCACAGCCUGACGCUCCAGACCUGCUGCAUCACAUCUUUGUGCCUCUUAGACUAAUGGUGAAAACCACUGGAGGUCCAGGUGUAGGUAUGUCAGUGGUUAGUCCUGCUAUGACCAGUGGUGCAGUUUCACUGCUCCAGGAGCAUCUGACUGAAGAGGAAAAGGAACUCUGGACUUCAUUAGGGCCGAACUGGACUUCAACCUGUUCGUCAUUUAAUGUGUCUGUUCCUCCAUAUUCACCUGUCUUCCUGGAUGGAUGGCAGCCUCCAGCCUAUGACUCAUCUGGACACCCUUUGGAAGAUCCCAUCGAGUUGCAGCACAAACAGGAUGCUCUCAGGGAAAGUAUGGAGGCACAAACUCUACAGGACCAAACUCAACAAAGAGUAGAGACAGCUGACCAAGGCAGUGAGGAAGUAGAUGGAAAUGGGCUCCGACCAGAAGGUGAGAGACUUUACUGCUGCAGUUAUGACUUUGUGGCUAGAAACAGCAGUGAACUCUCCGUACUACAAGGGGAAACACUGGAGGUAAUUGAAUCAUCAAAGCGAUGGUGGAAGUGUCGGAAUCGCUUCGAUCAGAUAGGAUUUGUUCCCUCUAACAUCCUGGAGCCUCUCUCUGCUCUCAAUAACACAGGGAGGGACAGUCCACUGGUACGCAGAGAGUCAAAGAAGACCCCUCUUACCCCUCCCACAAACUACUUCUCAUACGCUCCAUCAAGCCCGAUUGGGACCAGUCCCACUGCUACAAGCCCACCACUGCGACCUCAGAGCAUGGUUUUACCAUCUACAACAAUGGGGGAAGACAGUGACCGGGUCCUGAUAAUGAAUGAUGAGCUUCUUCAGCGGCUAGCAGAGAAAAGAGGCUCAGUCCGUCCGUUGGUGGUUCCCCGCACAGCUGACACUUCUGCUCCCCUGUACUACCACUCGCCACCUGCUGAGGUGGAGGCCUGGCUCACCGCCAAGGGCUUCAGUCCACAGACAAUUCAGAGUCUUGGCAUUUUAACUGGAGCGCAGCUAUUUUCCCUGAAUAAGGAGGAGCUCCGUGCAGUGUCACCAGAGGAAGGUGCAAGAGUUUACAGCCAGAUAAUGGUGCAGAAGGCUCUUCUCGAGGAUGUGCACAAAGCCACAGAAUUAGAGACGGUGAUGGAGAAGCAAAAGCUGAAGAUUGGCCUGAAGUCAGAGAGUGAUGUAUUCUGACUGAGCUUUCCACAUCCACUAAUACAGAUGUGGCAUCAAAGGUGAAUGGACAUGCAUGUAGUGUUGCUUACACAGCUGGGGCCACAGAGCGAUGCUUCAGGUGGAGUCUAAUUUUUUGAUCAUACAUGUUGUAUCUCGUCUGUGCUACAGAUUCAUCAGCAAAAGCAAACUGUGUUAAAAGACUCUCUAAAUAAUACUCUUAUAUAAACCUCGCCAGAGUUUACUAAAGUUAUUCCUUGCAUUUAUUUUUCAUCAUAUUUUUUACAAUUUAAAUAUUUCCGUCAUCCUUUAUUUAGGCAAUAUUUGAAACAUGACAAUGAACACUAAUGCAAUACAAUAAACAAAAUAACAUAAAAAUUAUAAGUCUAAUGUGUUAUUGUUGUAAAGCAAAUACUAUAACAAUGGACUGAAACAGCUUUUCAGAGCUACAGUAUAAAA